GGAUGGCGGGGCUGGUGUGGAAGUGGCCGCGUACCCGCCUGCCCGUGGGCGCCAGCGCCCUGGGCGUCUUCGUGCUCUGCUGGCUCUACGUGUUCCCCGUGUACCGGCUGCCCGACGAGAAGGAAAUCGUGCAGGGCGUGCUGCUGCAGCAGGGCAAGGCGUGGAGGAGGAACCAGACUGCGGUCGCCCUGUUCAGGAAGCUGCUGGAAGAAUGCUGUGACCCUGGGCAGCUCUUUGCUAUGACAAAGAUGAAUUCCCCUAUGGGAAAGAACCUCUGGUUUGACGGGGAAUUUUUAUAUUCUGUCACAAUUGACAAUGCAACUUACUCUCUCUUCCCACAGGCUACUCCCUUCCAGCUGCCACUGAAGAAAUGUUCCGUGGUGGGAAACGGUGGGAUCCUGAAAAAGAGUGGCUGCGGCAAACAAAUAGAUCAAGCAGAUUUUGUCAUGCGGUGUAACCUUCCUCCUCUAUCCAGUGAAUACAGCAAGGACGUUGGAUCCAAAACCCAACUGGUGACUGCAAAUCCCAGUAUAAUUCAGAAAAGGUUCCAGAACCUUCUGUGGUCCCGAAAAGCCUUUGUGGACAGCGUGAAGGUCUAUAACCACAGCUACAUCUACAUGCCAGCCUUCUCCAUGAAAACAGGGACAGGACCCUCCCUCCGUGUCUACUACACCCUGGAGGAUUUUGGGGCCAAGCAGGCGGUCCUUUUUGCCAACCCAAACUUCCUGCGGGACAUCGGCAAGUUCUGGAAGAGCAAAGGGAUUCACGCCAAGCGCCUUUCCACGGGGCUUUUCCUGGUCAGCGCCGCCCUGGGGCUGUGUGAGGAAGUGACAAUUUAUGGCUUCUGGCCGUUCUCGGUGGACCUGCACGGAAAGUUUAUCAGCCACCACUACUAUGACAAUGUCCUGCCUGACUCCGGAUUCCACGCCAUGCCGGAGGAAUUUCUACAGCUUUGGUUCCUCCAUAAAAGUGGUGUACUGAGGAUGCAGCUAGAACCAUGUGAGGACCCUCUAAUCCAGCCUUCAGCCUGAGGAUCGUAGGAGUCAGUUUGGGAGAUCCAAUAGUUUUUAAUUUCCAUGCUCUCCAACAGAGAGUUCUGUUUUAUGUUGGUUGUUCUUAAAGGGAUCUGCAUGGACCGUAAAAAUGCUGCUCGAAGGCCGAAUGGAAUAUGUCCUUAUUGUUUAGUGCUUUAUGGAACUGGGAGGGGAUGAAAUGUAUCUCUCCAUCAAGUCCAUUCAGCAGCAGUGGGAAAACGUCAGAAGCAGCACAGCUGAACUUUCCAGGGACGUUUUUAAGUGACAAGUAUAAAAAGGGCAUUAAGGCUCAGAGAGUCACCGGGCCACUCAUAAGCUUUUGCUGACAGUGCCAAAUAUGACUAUCUGUUCCAAAUUCCAUUUCAUUCCAGAUCAGCACCCUGUAGAACUUUACUUUUUCCUUGCUUUUUUCCUCUGUUUGUGUGUGUGUGUGUGUGUGUGUGUAGGACAACAUA